UUGUGUCACCGUGCCACCAGGAGAGGGGCGACAGACUGCCGCGCGUCAAGGGGAUACCAGUCACCAUCCUCACAGUUAAAUCUGCAUCCCGCUGGGCGGCAAUGACAUUAGCAGACUGACGUGGGAAUUAACGAGAAAACGCCAAAAUGACUGUGGACUUUGAAGAAUGUAUUAAAGAUUCACCCCGAUUCAGGGCUGGAAUUGAUGAUGUGGAGACAGAUGUGGGAGAAAUUGAAGCAAAGCUCGACAAGUUGGUGAAGCUGUGCAGCGGGAUGAUUGAGGCCGGCAGGGCCUAUGUCAGCGCCAACAAACUCUUUGUUAACGGCAUCAAAGACCUGUCCCAGCAGUGCAAGAAAGAGGAGAUGAUAUCGGAAUGCCUUGAAAAGUGUGGAGAAAGCCUGCAGGAGAUGGUCAACUACCACACGAUUUUGUUUGACCAGGCUCAGAGGUCGAUCAAACAGCAGCUUCACACCUUCAUUAAAGAGGACAUCAGGAAGUUCAAGGACACCAAGAAGCAGUUUGAUCGAGUGCGUGAGGACAUGGAGCUGGCACAGGUCAAGAACGCGCAGGCACCGAGGAACAAGGUGCACGAGGCGGAGGAGGCGACGCAGGCCCUCAUCCUCAGCCGCAAAGCUUUUCGGCACCUGGCCCUGGACUAUGUGCUGCAGAUUAAUGUGCUUCAAGCCAAGAAGAAAUUUGAAAUCCUGGAUGCAAUGCUGUCAUUCAUGCGAGCCCAGUAUACUUUGUUCCAACAAGGCUUUAACAUCCUGGAUGAGAUUGACCCCUAUAUGAAAAAACUGGCUGCACAGCUUGAUCAGCUGGUCAUCGACUCGGCCAUGGAGAAGAGGGAGCUGGAGCACAAACAUGCCCUCAUCCAGCAGAGAACUCUGAUGCAGGAUUUUUCCUAUGAUGACCCCAAGCUGGAAUUCAAUGUGGAUGCACCCAAUGGUGUGGUUAUGGAGGGCUACCUGUUUAAGAGGGCCAGCAAUGCAUUCAAGACCUGGAACAGGCGGUGGUUUUCUAUACAAAACAGCCAGCUGGUCUACCAAAAGAAACUCAAGGAUUCUUUGACAGUGGUGGUUGAAGAUCUGAGGUUGUGUUCAGUCAAACCAUGUGAAGAUAAUGAGAGGCGAUUUUGCUUUGAGGUGGUUUCACCCACUAAGAGCUGUAUGCUGCAGGCUGAGUCUGAGAAGCUGAGGCAGGCUUGGAUCCAGGCCGUCCAGGCAAGCAUCGCUUCUGCUUACAAAGACAUCACUGACAACUAUUACAUUGAGCGCUUGGACCGGACAGCCUCACCCUCCACCAGUAGCAUCGACUCUGCCAGUGAGCCCAGAGAGAGGGGGGAGAGGGCUGACAAAGGAGUUCGGGGAGGAGGAGAGAGCCUCCUCCAGCGGGUGCAGAGCCUGCCAGGCAAUGAGCUGUGCAGUGACUGCGGACAAACGGCUCCCUGCUGGGCCUCCAUCAACCUGGGAGUGCUGCUCUGCAUUGAGUGCUCAGGGAUCCACAGGAGUUUAGGCGUCCAUUUCUCUAAAGUGCGUUCACUGACGUUAGACUCGUGGGAGCCAGAAUUACUUAAGCUGAUGUGUGAAUUGGGAAAUACUGUGAUCAACCAGAUUUAUGAGGGAUCCUGUGAGGAACUUAGAGCAAAGAAACCAGGACCCUCCAGUUCAAGACAGGAGAAAGAGGCCUGGAUCAAAUCUAAAUAUGUGGAAAAACGCUUCCUGAAGAAGAUUAGUGGCAGCGAGGCAUUGGUGGAGGGUGAAAGGAAGUCUCGUCCCUGGACAGUGAAGAAAUGCCAGCGACACAGCAGCUCUGUUCGGGCCCCCAACAAGGCUCGUAGGAAAUACCACCGCUAUGAACCUGGCAGUGCCUCACCGGCAAACCUCUCAGCAGCAGCUGCAGCAAAGUUUCGCCGGGACUCCCUGUUCUGUCCAGAUGAGUUGGACUCAUUAUUUUCCUACUUUGACACUGGCUCUGGGCCUCGCAGCCCUGCAGGUCUCAGCAGUGACAGCGGCCUGGGAGGAAGUACUGACGGCAGCACAGACAUUCUGGCUUUUGGCUCAGUGGUGGACAGUGUAACAGAGGAAGAAGAGGAGUCAGAGGAGUCCUCCAGUGGUGAGGUGGAGAUUGAACAGGAAGUGCCAUCAGACCCUGAAGACCCAAGGGAACUCCACCCCGGGGCGCUGCUGUACCGAUCUUCCCGACUCCACAACCUGCCACUCAUGGCGGAGGCUUUGGCACACGGUGCUGAUGUACAUGCUGCUUGUGAGGAAGAGGAGGGAAAAACGCCACUCAUUCAGGCUGUGACAGGGGGCUCCUUGAUAGCUUGUGAGUUCUUGCUACAGAAUGGGGCUGAUGUGAACCAGAGGGACAUGAGAGGCAGGGGCCCUCUGCAUCAUGCAACCUACUUGGGGCAUACUGGUCAGGUUUGUCUGUUCCUGAAAAGAGGAGCAUCACAGACGGAGGUGGAUGAGCAAGGUCAUGACCCUUUAAGCAUCGCUGUCCAGGCUGCCAAUGCAGACAUCGUCACCCUGUUGCGUCUAGCUCGGAUGAAUGAAGAGAUGCGAGAGGCAGAGGCGGCUCCGCUGGGUCAACCAGGUCAAUACCCUACAAGCAGCCCCACUGAGCAGCAGUAUAGGAAGUGCAUCCAGGAAUUCAUCUGUCUCAACAUAGACGAAUGCUAGUGGUCACUUCUGUACCCUGGAGCAAAGCACGCGCUCUAUUUAUAUAUUUUCCCCCUGACUGAGAAAAUAAUAUAUUCAUGUUGAAACUGUCCCUACACCCUGAUCACAAAUCAGUUACCUCCCCUAGAUCUAAGACUGCAGGCAAAUUCUGAUAAGCAGGGUGUCUGAAUAGAGAGUGACUGUGGGAUGCUUCGAGCCAUAGGGGGCGUCCCUGUGAUGGACCUUUCUAACUCUACUGACUAUCCAGUCACCUCCACCAUUUUCCUGCUUCACCACUAUUUUUCUGCUUGCCAUUACUUGGUACUACCAAUGCCAGCUACACAACACAGCCAGUAAAAUGACAUCUGCUUCUUUUUGGUGUUUUGCUAACAGGGUUAUGCUCUAACUUCAUUACAUGGUGUGACCUCCUGUAUGAGGGUGUGAGGUUAUUUUUUUCUUUUGUUGCCUAACAGCUCUUACCUCGGAAGAAUCUCGCUGCAUUAAUCCUGUACACUUUAUAUCUAUCCAGACCAUCUGUGUGACAUCCAGUGUACCCAUCUCUUCUUCAUCAGAGAUGUAAAUAUGCAUAUUUAGAAGUUUAGAAACUGUGUACUGUGGCAUGAAGUAAAACAAUAUGGUAUUUGUUCCAAUAACUAAAAAAGAAAAAGAGUAACUGACAAACUGCAGUAGAGGUGGCCAAGGUAGUUUUACUGUGUAUAAAGAGAAAGGGAAAAGUAAAACUGUGACAAAAAUACUGAAGGGCUCGUGGGGAAGAGACCCUCGCCUGUUUUGUAAGAUACUUUGUGACGUGUUGAGUGAGUGAGUGAGUGAGUGAACAGGAGAGUGCAUGUGUCAAAGAAUACUGAGAGACAGAGUUAAAUAAUAUGUAAAGGGGGAAAAAAGACACAGUGCACUUUUCCCAUAUACAGUAUUAUCAUUUAGCUUUUACAUGGUUCUUGUCUAGUCAAGUUGUUGUCUAUUGAUUGUCUAUUUUAAUUAUGUUUGGGUUUUUUUAUUUAUCUUUCCAGAGGACCAGUGCAAUGCAUUCUUGAAUGCAGUUUUAUCUGCAUUUCUGUUAGUGAUUGUCAUUUCAAUCUAUAGUAAUGUACGCUAAUAACAGUCAUAAGACUCAGUAAUUUUUGCUUUCAGAUGGCCUUAGAUUAGUCUUGAUGUUGAACCAUUGAAACUUCUCGUUCGAUUUUCCCGACAUAUCAAUGGAAAUUCUGAUCACACUGUGGAAAUUCUGAAAUUACAGUGACUCAUUACUUGAGUAAUAACCAAGCUCUAUGCGCAGACAAUUCAGAGCAAAUCGUGGAGCGCAGUGACGGCAUGCAGAAACAUGAAACUGCAUAGCAGAGUUCAUGUUCCUCAACAGACAAUAUAUGACUCAUGAGUAUAGUAAUAUAUCUCCAGUUUCCUGUAAGUAGCCAUAUUACAGGAACGUAUUCAUGUUAUGGUGAGAUUAUGGAGCAGAUUUUAAGCACUCGUGUGGUCAAAGGACUUGUGUACUUGGUCGGUGCCAAGAAAAUUCUCUGUAUGCUUUGCCAGAUUUUUGGGGGGGGGGUUCGACCUUGUUUGCAUCCUGAGCAUGAUUAAAAAAAAUGUUUUUUUCUAUAAUUUGAUCACUUUGUGCAGUGCAGUCCUGUGGAAAAAGCAUGUACCAACGUGACCUCUCUUGUGUCAGAAGUUUCUUCCUUUUUGCACCUCUGUGCCAUUCUUUCAUCGGGACACAAAUCUGUGGUGAUUUUUCUUUUCUUUCUAUUUUUGAAAUGUUGUGAUUUUAUUUUCCUCUGCCAAAGACUUUUUUUCUUUUUUCUUUCUUUCUUCUUUUUUUUUUUUUAAAGGAAAAGUGUCUGACACUGUUGUAUAACAUCACUUAAAAAAAAUUGUUCUGGGUAUAUACAGGAUACUCUUACCAUCCUUUCUGAAGUGACAGAGUGGUAGAAACACUGUUGGUGCUCUCAUGUUCAGAAGAGGAUACAGAGAUGUGACUUACCUGAUAGAUACAAUAGUUCAAUGUACUGCAAGUAGAACCAGUCAUUUAGGGGGUGAUGUGAACCUACUGUGACCAAACAGUUAAGAGCUGUCGCCCUUGCAGAAGUAUUAAAUGUUGUGUCCAUUUGUGUGUAGUAUUGACUUAAGAGUGGUUAAAGGUACAAACAUGCUGUAAAUAAUACACUUGCAUAUUUUAACUUAAUGCCAACUUCCUGCCUCUCAGCAUUCGGUCACAGAUUCUGUUUGUUUGUCUUUUCAUUGUAUUUGAAAAACAGCCAGUCAGGUGGAACUGUGACAUGGCUCUGAAGGGCGUGUGGGUGUUCUUCUGUUUACUGGCGUUCGGAUAUCUUUGGAAUACUCAUUUCCUUGUCUUUAGAAACACUAAGAGGGGAAAAAAUGCAUACAAUAAAACUGAGAAACUGAAAUGGA